CGUACGUAAGAAGAAGGGGGCGUACGUGAUGACGUCACACGCCGUGGUGGCUCACAAAAAAGUGGUGAAAACUUUUUAGAGCCCCCCCUUAUCCUCCCCUCCAGCCGUAUGUUUUUGUUGGGGGGGGAGUAGUAAGUUGUUCGGAGUUCGAUUGGCGUCAAUGUGGUUUAUUUGUCUUUUUCAUGUAGUUAAAAUGUGACUGUUGACGCUUGCUUCCAAAACCGCUACGGGCGCUUUUAAAGAGAAGGACUUCACUCGGGAGUGGGGAAAAAAAUCUGAGCAGCGACCAUUGCUUCACCUCGUUAGCCAGCUAGCCUGCUAGCGGCUGCUAGCUAACUCACCUCUUGUGUGUUUGUGGGAGACAAAAGCAGCCGCGGACAUGGCGGAAACUAAAAUUAUAUAUCACAUUGACGAAGAAGAGACUCCGUAUUUGGUGAAAAUUCCCAUCAGUGCCGAGAGCAUAACACUGCUGGACUUUAAACAAGUCUUGAACAAGCCCAACUACAAGUUCUUCUUCAAAUCCAUGGACCAGGACUUUGGCGUGGUGAAGGAAGAAAUUUCGGACGACAACACCAAAUUACCUUGCUUCAAUGGUCGAGUAGUAUCAUGGCUGGUGUCUUCAGAUGCCCCAGCAGCAGAGCCUGCCUCUCCAGUGGCACUUCCCCCGGUGGAGCAAGCGUCCACCCAGCCUUCACCCCCUCCGCCGCCGCUGCCACCCCCACCCGCAGAGAGAACCGGUGGCAUCGGAGACUCCAGGCCUCCCUCUUUUCAUCCUAAUGCGACGGGCAGCGUGGAGACUUUAGAUGAGCAGACAGAAACAGAAUCAGUAGUUUCCUUCAGGAGAGAGAGGCCUCGACACAGAGAGAGCAUAGAGCAACACGGUCCUCGGAUAAAUGGCCAGAGCCGUCUGGAGCGCCACCUGGCAGGAUAUGAGAGUUCCAGCACAAUGAUGAGCAGCGAGCUGGAGACAACCAGCUUUUGUGACUCUGAAGAAGAUGACACCAUGAGCAGGUUCAGCAGUGCAACAGAGCAGAGUACGGCCUCAAGACUUUUGAAACGACAUAGACGACGCAGGAAACAGCGCCCCCCUCGUCUGGAGAGGGCUUCUUCCUUUAGCAGUGUGACAGACUCCACCAUGUCCUUAAACAUCAUCACAGUCACUUUAAACAUGGAGAAGUACAAUUUCCUGGGCAUCAGCAUUGUGGGCCAAAGCAAUGAAAGGGGUGACGGUGGCAUCUACAUUGGCUCCAUCAUGAAGGGGGGAGCAGUUGCUGCGGACGGACGCAUUGAACCUGGCGACAUGCUGUUGCAGGUCAACGACAUCAACUUUGAGAAUAUGAGCAAUGACGACGCGGUGCGAGUGCUGAGAGAGAUUGUGCAUAAGCCGGGGCCCAUCAUCCUCACUGUGGCCAAGUGCUGGGACCCCUCUCCUCAAGGUUACUUUACCCUACCGCGUAAUGAACCCAUCCGCCCCAUUGACCCAGCAGCGUGGGUCAGCCACUCUGUAGCCAUGACUGGCGCCUACCCUGUCUUCCCAGGCAGCUCUUCUCUCAGCACCAUCACCUCCUCCUCCUCGGUCACUGAGACUGAACGUUUUGAUGACUUCAAUUUGUCACUACACUCUGACAUGGCAUCCGUCGCCAAGGCCAUGGCGUCACCAGAGUCGGGUCUAGAAGUGAGAGAUCGCAUGUGGCUCAAAAUCACCAUACCCAACGCUUUCCUAGGCUCUGAUGUGGUGGAGUGGCUGUUCCACCACAUUGAGGGAUUCCAGGACCGCCGUGAAGCAAGGAAGUAUGCCAGCAAUCUGCUGAAGGCUGGCUUCAUUCGUCACACGGUCAACAAGAUCACCUUCUCGGAACAAUGCUAUUACGUUUUUGGGGAUUUAAGUGACUGUGAAAAUUACAUGGCCAACCUGUCCCUGAACGACAACGAUGGCUCCAGCGGGGCCUCAGACCAAGACACUUUGGCACCGCUGCCCCUUCCAGGAGCCUCACCGUGGCCUAUGAUGCACACGUUCCCUUAUCAGCCCUACCCCACCCACCCAUAUUCCAGCCAGCCACCCCCAUACCACGAGCUGACCAGUUACAGCUAUGCCCCCGGAAGCACCGGCAGCCAGCACAGUGAAGGGAGCCGGAGCAGUGGCUCAACGAGAAGUGAAGGUGAACGACGACGCAGCAGCAGCAAAGGGCCUGGCAGCACUGUGGGCGGAGGGGAAAAAUCUCCCUGUGGCGGGGUUGGGGAAGGCGGAGGGGGUGAUUCCCGUUCCGGUAGCGGCAGCGAAUCAGAAUACUCCACCCGCAGCAGUUUGAGGCGGGGACAUGGGUCAGCUGCCCCCAGUGAGCACAGCCACGCCUCUUCCCAACGUUCACAUCAUCAUCAUCAUCGCAUGCCCCAGGCCCCCCACAUGUCCCCCUACCCUCCAGGUAUUCUACCUUACAACCCCAUGAUGGUAAUGAUGGUACCGCAGCACGCACACCCAGCCAUGGCCGCAGCUCAUGCUCUUCCGCACGCACAGCAGUUGCCCACAGCCCCCUUGCACCCGGCCCUGCCCCUGCCCCUUUCUUCAACUUCUGGCGGACCUCCUGGUGCUCCGCCCACUCGUGACCUGGGCUCUGUGCCCCCAGAACUGACUGCUUCACGCCAGUCCUUCCACUUGGCCAUGGGUAAUCCCAGUGAGUUUUUUGUGGAUGUCAUGUAGUGCCGCUAACUUUAAUAAGGAUCUGGUGGUAGCUUUUUGUGCUCCUUACAAGGGCCUAUUGGAUCUCGGGCACUUGAUACAAAUUUGGUGAGAACAGGGUUACAUAUUGACAAAAUAAGAUAUGAAAGCAAUCAAUGCAGGAAGGAAUGUCCUUUUCCGGGGAUCUUACCAGCUUCCAUAUCUAAUGUAUGAUAUGACCAGUGUCAUAUCAUGUAACCUGACUUGUGUGUGCGUCUUCUGGACAGUACUCAUUUCCCCUUCUGUUUCUUUAUCUAAAAGCAAGCUGGAGCUGAUCCAGUUCUCUUGUUUGCAUUCCCCACACAAAAAUUGUUUAGGAAGAGAGGGUGGGAUGCAUUCAUAGGUGACUCAAUCCAGGAAGCAAACAGAGCUAUUUAACACUAAAGGGUACCAAGUAGGCAGAUACGAACUUGUAGAUCUGUCAGUAUAUAUUCAGUAGCUCCACAGAGUCUUUUAAGUGCCUUACUUUGUGCAUUUUUAUUGACACACUCCAGGUACAUAUGGCAUCUCCCGUCUUUCAAAGAGUUUACGGCAUUGUUUGACAACAAACUUUAUUCCUAGUAUGCUAUUCAUACCGUAUGUACAAUAACAGUACACAACACAGAGCUCUAAUGUGAAGCACAAAUCGCUCCAAAAGGUUGUGUUUAGUGAGAUAAUGCUGGAAGCGGUACUUUUUUGGGUCUCAGCUGUGGUCCAAACCCCCAGAUUUAUUUUUCUUAUUUUAUGUUACUGACUCGCAUUAUUCACACAUUUCAUUUUUUGUAGGAGUGACCAUAUAAAUCAUGUAUAAUCAAACUAUCAAGGUGCUAAAUGAAGAGUCCUCUUAAGUGAGAUGGUUAUGGCUCAUUGAUUUCAGAUUGCCACCUUUUUGUCUGAAGAAAAUAAACAUUGAUGUUCACAAA